GGCCCAGGUUGUCACCGGGAAUAGGGUCCCCCAGCAGAGCGCGGCCCGGAGCGGCGUGGGUGGAACCGGCAGGGCCGCGCUCUCCCUGCUCCGCGGCGGCGAGAUGAGAGCUGGCCCCGGGCCGGAGGCGGCCGCCGGCUGCGGCGAGAUGGCGGCGGCGGCCGCGGAGCGGGAGCGGCAGGAGCGGCUGCGGGAGGCGGCGGCGCUGGGGGACGCGGAGGAGGUGCGGCGGCUGCUGGAGCUGGGGGUCAGCCCCAACUCCCAGAACGAAGUCAACGGCUGGACUUGCCUGCACUGGGCAUGCAAGCGGAACCAUGCUGCAGUGGUGGCUCACCUGCUGCACGCCGGCGCCGACAAGGAGAUCCUCACCAAGAAGGGAGAGAGGCCAGCCCAGCUGACAUCCAGAAGCGAGAUCAGGAGGAUGCUGGGAGUGGAAGGCGAUGAACUGCCAGCCCUAAAGGAAGAGCCAGAGCUGCCAAUCAUCCCUAAUUACCUGGCCCACCCCCCUUUCCCUUACGUUUAUAACAGCAUGAGUGGCAGCAUUCCAGACCCUGCUGUCAAUGGAAGCAUCUCCCACUUGGACCCACAGGAUGCCAGCUCCUCCUCCCUGCCUGCUGUGCAGCCUGGCACACGUGCAGGACUGCAGCCUGGGGGCAUAGCUGCCCAGGCAGCUGGUGCUGGGGACACACCAUCGCUGCCUAGAGGCUGUGCUGCACCACCACGUGCAAAGCCUGUUCUCCAGACAGGUCCACUUUACCAGGGCUCAGUGUCCUGGAAAAGUCCUCCUUCACCAGCUGCACCAGCCCAGUCCAUACCUCAGCAAGAGAACAGCUCCUGCCUGGGGCCUGUGCCAGCGUUUCAGCCGCUAUUCUUCACAGGAGCUUUUCCACUUAACAUGCAAGAACUGGUGCUUAAGGUCAGAAUACAAAACCCUAAUCUUAGAGAAAAUGACUUCAUUGAGAUUGAGCUGGAUAGGCAAGAGCUGACCUACAAGGAGCUGCUUCGAGUGAGCUGCCGUGAGCUGGGCAUCAAUCCUGAGCACGUCCAGAAGAUCAGGAAGUUACCCAAUACAAUGUUAAGGAAGGACAAGGAUGUGGCAAGGCUGCAGGAUUUCCAGGAGCUGGAGCUUGUUCUGACAGUAAGCGACAGAAGCUUCCUUUUCCGAGCAGCAGCACUUUCUGAGCAGGGUGGCUACAACAAGGCGGCUUCAGAGCUCACAUACUAACUGUUCAGAGACUAACACACAACAUUUGUGUCUCUCAUUUUAAAAUGGCAUUUCACACAGUAUCUGUAAGGGCUAAUGCUGUGAAAACAAAAUCUAUUUUGUUAACCUUGAAAUAAACUGAAGCUGUUCUGCAGUGACAGCAUCUCCUUCACGGAGCAGUAAGGAGCCUGCCCUGGAGGUAGCUGAAUGCCAAGGAGGCACUGGCAGAGCUGGCUGUUAGUGCAACACAUGUCCUUACAAAAGACAAACCUUGGAAC